AUGCAGGCGUGCACUAGAAAUACAGCUUCCACCCUCCCAAUCAUCGGACCGGGUGAAAACCAAAAGAAACGUCAAGCAACAUUUAUUCGUCCUGCCCAAAUGAGCCUGUUCGCUAGGGUGACGUCCUACCCACCGUUGGGACAAGUUACCAACCUGCAGAGGCAGAAAUCAUUGGCACCCGAGGAAAGUGAUACGGUCCGAUUUACAGUCGUCAUUGAAUCUAGCACGUCGCUUCCGGUUCAAUCAUGGGAAGCUCAGAUCUGGCACAACAUCACCAGCUCUGAAUGGACCGCUCUUCCACUUUCAAGAUGUGAGCCAUCCCUUGCGCCAUUGCUGAAUGGAAAAGACGAUGAAUACAAUUACCACCGCUAUGUAUUUUCCGAAGAAAGCCAUCUACCAACGUCCGCUGGACAUGCACAAUUCACAGUGCGGUUUCGAACCAGCCCAGAUACUGAAUGGCAGUGGGCCAAUCAGCAACAACCAAUCAAUGACGGAGAGCUUGUGUUUAGUGCCAAGAAUUCGAUUCCUGGAAAGCACUCAUUGUCUGAUACAAUGCUGGACGAUGCAAAAACGGAGCUUGCCAAGCAUAUUGAUAACCUAUCUCCCGACGUACAGGUUGAAUCACUUCGUACGGAGGCACCAGGAUCCGUUCUUUGGGGAAUUCAUGGACAAGUGGACGCAGUGGAGAGAGGAGUCUCUGGAUUAAAGAGAGUUGCACUUGGUACGCCUUCAUCGAUGAUCAGGCACUUCUCCUUGGUACGGAUUUGGAGUCCAUGGCUGGGUCCACGGCAUGGCAAGGAGAAGUUCAGAUUGACGGAGGACGCGAUUCUAUGCUCUUUCCUUAGAAAGGAUGGUACAAAUCUUGUGCUUUUGGCUAUUUCAGGGAUAAACGACGUCCUGACCGUUUUCCAAUCCGGGGACAACGGAGAGGUAGUUAUAAAAGCCAGAAGCGACAAUACCGAGACCGCCGGGUUCCAUGUCUUGGCUGCGGUCGCAGAGAACUUUGAGGUCGCCAUGUCGGCUGUGAUAUAUGAGUCCAGGAAAGUGGUCAGACCCUACGAAGCUCUCGCGAAUGACCCUCUGGAGCAGCCACCUUUAUCGCCACCGGGAGACGAUGUGGUUGUCUUGGAGAAAGAUCCGCAAAUUCAGUGGCUUGCUGACUGGUUCGAUGGUUUGACGUACUGCACUUGGAACGGUCUUGGCCAGGACCUGAACGAGGAAAAAAUUAUACACGCACUCGACACCUUGAAAGCGCAUGGUAUCCAUGUUGUAAAUUUGAUCAUCGACGACAACUGGCAGAGCCUCGACAAUGAAGGCGAGUCCCAAUUUAAGAGGCGCUGGAAGCAAUUUGAGGCGAACCCCAAGGCAUUUCCGCGGGGCCUCAAGCAAACGGUGGAGAACAUUCGUCGUUCCCACCCUAAUAUUGGACACAUCGCAGUCUGGCACGCUUUGUUAGGCUAUUGGGGAGGUAUAUGUCCUGACGGCGACAUUGCGCAGAGGUACAAGACCAAGGAAGUCAAAAUUAGAGAUCCUGCUGCUGGAGGUCCUAUUGCCCACAAUAUCAAAGACGGAAAGAUCCUCGCCAUUGACCCUGAUGAUGUCCAGCGGUUCUACGACGACUUCUACUCCUACCUUGCAUCUCUAGGAGUGGACUCUGUCAAAGCUGAUGCCCAGUUCUUCAUUGAUCUUCUCGAAGACCCAGAAGAUCGUAAGAGGUUUAUGACAUCUUAUCAAGAUGCCUGGUCACUCGGCAUAUUGAAACACUUCAGCAGCCGGGCCAUCUCAUGCAUGUCGUUGAUUCCACAAAUGAUCUUCCAUUCGCAAUUGCCAACGAACAAGCCAUCCAUUACCCUGCGAAACUCGGAUGACUUCUUCCCGGAGAUCCCGUCAUCUCACCCUUGGCAUGUAUUUUGCAAUGCGCACAACACCCUGCUUACUCGGUACCUCAAUGUCUUGCCGGACUGGGAUAUGUUCCAGACUAGUCACCCGUACGCUUCUUUCCACGCUGCAGCUCGUUGCAUCUCUGGCGGACCUGUUUAUAUCACAGAUGAGCCUGGAAAGCAUGACCUGAAUGUCAUUGAUCAAAUGACGGCACCAACCGUUCAAGGAUCCACUGUCAUUUUGCGCCCCAGUGUCAUUGGCCGCACUAUCGACGUCUACCAUGAUUACAACGAGGGGCACGUCUUGCGAGUGGGGAGUUAUACCGGAUGGGCGAAGACGGGAAGCGGCAUUUUGGGGCUUUUCAACAUCCACUCUACAGAAGCCUCGUGCAUUGUCUCCCUAAACGACUUCCCAGGGGUUGUAGAGGAUCCUGAAGGCGAGUAUGUGAUCCGUGCCCAUACUAGCGGCAAGGUUACGGAUCGUUUGAAGCCUCUAGCUCAUGAUUCUCUGGUGUCCUUGGUUCUGGAGCAGAAAGGAUGGGAAAUUCUCACUGCGUAUCCGACUCGAUCAUUCGCAUUGAAGGGAAAACGCGGUAUUAGUAGCUCCGAUGAAGCUCUCACCCAUAUAGCCGUUUUAGGGCUCCUCGGAAAAAUGACUGGAGCUGCAGCAAUUGUUUCUUCGGACCUCUCUGUGGCUGAGAAUGGGCGCUUGCGUUGCGAUGUUCAUCUGAAGGCCCUCGGCACGCUUGGAAUCUAUAUUUCGGACCUACAGAACCGCAGCAUUGCCGAUGAUUUCAUGAUCAUGAUACUUGGGCAGCCAGUACCACAGAAGACUGUUUGGAAACAGGGCGGAGAGAAAGCUAAUGUGUUGGUCAUUGAUGUUCUCGACGCUUGGAAGGCGAUGAAGCUCGAUAGCGGAUGGAGCAACGAGGCAUUUGUUCGAAUCUUCAUAGCAUAG